UUACCGUAAUUAAUUUUUCCAGUAAAUAGCAAGAGAUUCUGAUUAUAUAGUGCUCACUUGUGAUCGUUUUUAAAAUUAAAAGCUCUUUACUGCUGCACUAGCUGUUCAGGUUUUAUACGUGAAAGAUUCCUUAUUUUUUAUUUUUUAAUGGAUUACUUUUAUUGGAUUACUUUUACUUAGUUACUUUUGCUGACAAAAGCAUUAUCGGCAAUUAUAUAUGACAUUCUACUAAAUACUGGCAUAUACUGUAUAUACGUAACGAAAUUAAUAUUCAUUGUCGUUAAAAAAAUAGCGGAACGCAUAGAACCUAACUGAAAUUGUACAGCUUUUACCAUUUACUUCUUCCACAGGUUUUCAGUACUAUACACAAUACACAAAAUUAAUGAGCGAUCACCAGGACGCCGUAAAGGCACCAAAAAUGGCGCAAAUCUAAUGAUAUCCGCAGUCAUUACAUAUUGUCUCAGCGGAAUUAAUAAUCAGAAAGGCGGCCCAUUCGUUAGAAAUGAGGCUAUCGCGUCCACAUGCCACCAAACGUCUACUUUCACUCAGUGCUGAAAACACCCGCAUUGAUGGAUCUCAGCUUUUUGAAAGGACUUUUAUCAUGGCACAAACACUUGGAGACAGUGUUUCUAUUCGUGUUCUAUUACAGUGUCAUCACAAGUCUAUAUAAGGACUGUUUGCAUAAAUACUACCUCAUUUCACUACAACUGGAUGACAACAACUACAACACAUAUUACGUACUCGCCAGUGCUGUUAAAAGGGGCCACACCAAGCUGAAUUACACCAUGUACCCGUGAUGACGAACCAGAGCCCAGAUGUCCAAAAGAUCCUUGUGGAGAUUCGUCCACCUGACUUCCUAACCCACCGUCCGGCUCCGCUUCAUAUUUACAGCACGAAUGUUUUCUCUGUUGAGCAUGGAGACAGACGCUUUGUUAUUAAGGAACUCAUCGCCGAGUCCAAAAGAAUUCCUAUCGGUCAUACUGGAGGCAGAAAUGCUGAUCAAAAACAUCCGCCAAGAUAACGUUAUUCGCUACUAUGGCUUGCACGUUGCCGGCUGUAUUGGCGGUAAAGUGCAUUACCUUUUGGCGCUAGGGCAUUGUACAGGCGGCAAUCUACUCGAAUGGGCCAUACAAUCACGCUUUAGACAGAAUUUCGAACACCGCAAAAUAGGCCGUAUUCUUCGAGAUGUUCUUCAAGGUUUGGACUAUUUACAUCAACACGAUCUGCAGUUGAUCCACUGCGAUAUUAAACCGCAAAACCUGGUGUUCCAUAUGCCAGAAGGUCGCAUCGUUAUCAUCGAUUUUGAGGGUGUCGCCGUAGGACGACAGUUGAAAUCGGAAAAGGUCACCAAUGCCUACACGCCUAGUUACGCCGCGCCUGAGCUGCUACGCGUACUGGGCGACAUAGACGACAAUCAAGGAAGAAAUUUCCGGAAAGAUUGAUGUAUGGAGUGUUGGUUGUGUGGGCAUCGUGCUGGUUACCGGAAAGGCACCGGUUAUCUGUGAAUGGCGAGACGGUGGUGAGGGCCUUGUUGUGCACAAAGGCAUUACUCCGGUUAUG